CUGCACUUUAUGUCAGAACAACAACCACAUCAACUCAACGUCCAUUCUCACAAUAGCUUUAAAACACUGAUUGCUUGCCAAACCCCUCAGCCGAGCACAACAUCCCACUGCGCGUCUACCCUGCGUUCGAGACCGCAAUUGAAUACUACCAAAACAUCUCAACAACAAUCUUGCCAAACUAGCACACGACAUCCCAAAGAGCCUGCUCAUCACCCGGCCUCUCCUUCCUUCACACCUUUUCUGUGAGCGGACAGACAUUGAUGCUCAACCAUGGAUUCCAAGAUGGACGUUGAUGUCGGGAAACCGGCGCAGCCUCAUGGGCUAUCGCCUGUUACAGAUUCUCAGUCAAUACCGACCUUGGAUGGGUGGAUUGAGAGCUUGAUGGAUUGCAAACAAUUGGCAGAGAGCGACGUUUCAAGGCUCUGUGACAGAGCGAGAGAAGUACUCCAAGAAGAGUCGAACGUACAGCCAGUGAAAUGUCCCGUCACGGUCUGCGGUGAUAUUCAUGGCCAAUUCCACGAUCUGAUGGAAUUGUUUCGCAUCGGCGGACCCAAUCCAGACACGAACUACCUCUUUAUGGGAGAUUACGUAGACCGUGGCUACUACUCCGUCGAAACCGUGACCCUCCUCGUUGCACUGAAGAUCCGAUACCCUUCUAGAAUUACAAUUCUCCGUGGAAACCACGAGUCAAGACAGAUCACACAAGUCUACGGAUUUUACGACGAGUGCCUGAGGAAAUACGGCAAUGCCAAUGUCUGGAAAUACUUCACCGAUCUCUUCGACUACCUUCCCCUCACCGCUCUUAUCGACAACCAGAUCUUCUGCCUGCACGGAGGGCUGUCUCCUAGUAUCGACACCCUUGAUAACAUCCGGUCGCUUGACAGAAUCCAGGAGGUACCCCACGAAGGUCCCAUGUGCGAUCUACUCUGGAGUGAUCCAGAUGACCGAUGUGGAUGGGGUAUCAGUCCAAGAGGAGCAGGAUACACGUUUGGCCAGGAUAUCUCGGAAGCGUUCAAUCAUAACAAUGGUUUAACGUUGGUUGCCCGAGCACAUCAACUGGUCAUGGAAGGAUACAAUUGGGGUCAAGACAGAAAUGUGGUGACGAUCUUCAGUGCGCCCAACUACUGCUACAGGUGCGGCAAUCAAGCUGCUAUCAUGGAGAUUGACGAGCACCUGAAGUAUACCUUCUUGCAAUUUGACCCCUGCCCACGAGCUGGUGAGCCUAUGGUCAGCCGAAGAACGCCAGACUACUUCCUUUAAGGAAACCACGAGACGAGUGCAUGAUCGAAGAUGCCCACAAAUUACAGAUCACGUUGGAUUUCCUCAACGGCAUGGUUCUGUCAAAAGAAGGAAUGGAGGUACAAGGCUCUCAAUUGCAUUUCUGCCACAAGAGAAAGAACAGCGAGACAGGGUGCAUAUUCAGGGGCAGAGUGGCUAGCAUGCAUUGAGGAAGUCGGGCGUGAGGGAACGACGCCCAUAGAAUCCAGCCGUCGCUUCUCGCAAGAACAGUCAAGUAAGCGGCGGAGCGCUCUUGACACUGUCUCGAAGACGAGGCUGUCGUCAAAAUGUAUUACAAGCAUGACCGUUAAUCAUUGAAAGAGUUCCUUGUUUG